GGCAGGGGGCCGAGUCCAUGCCGGGGCGCCCCCGCAGCGUCCGCGUCCAGUCCUGCCGGCCACACCGCGCUCGCCGCCAUGUCGUUCAUCCCGGUGGCCCCGGAGUCCGACUUCCCCAUCCAGAACCUGCCCUACGGCGUCUUCUCCACCCCCAGCCACCCCAGACCCAGGAUUGGCGUGGCCAUUGGCGACCAGAUCCUGGACCUGAGUGCCAUCAAGCACCUCUUCACGGGGCCUGUCCUCUCCCAACACCAGGAUGUCUUCGAUGAGCCAACUCUCAACAGCUUCAUGGGCCUGGGCCAGGCUGCCUGGAAGGAGGCGAGAGCGCUCCUGCAGAACUUGCUGUCUGCUGGCCACGCCAGGCUCAGAGACGACCAGGAGCUGCGGGCGCGCGCCUUCACCUCUCAGGCUGUUGCCACGAUGCACCUGCCAGCCACCAUAGGAGACUACACGGACUUCUAUUCCUCGCGACAGCACGCCACCAACGUCGGCAUCAUGUUCAGGGGCCAGGAGAACGCGCUGAUGCCCAAUUGGCUGCACUUACCAGUGGGUUACCACGGCCGUGCGUCCUCCGUCGUCGUGUCUGGCACCCCGAUCCGCAGACCCGUGGGGCAAAUGCGACCUGACAACACCCAGCCUCCUGUGUACGGCGCCAGCAAACGCCUGGACAUAGAGCUGGAAAUGGCUUUCUUCGUAGGCCCCGGGAACAGACUGGGAGAGCCCAUCCCCAUCUCCAAGGCCCACGAGCACAUUUUCGGCAUGGUCCUCAUGAAUGACUGGAGCGCCCGAGACAUUCAGCAGUGGGAGUAUGUGCCCCUGGGGCCGUUCCUUGGCAAGAGUUUUGGAACCACCAUCUCCCCGUGGGUGGUGCCCAUGGACGCCCUCCUGCCCUUUGCUGUGCCUAACCCGGAGCAGGACCCCAAGCCCCUGCCGUACCUCCGCCAUGACCAGCCCUACACGUUUGACAUCAAUCUCUUUGUCGCUCUGAAAGGAGAAAAUAUGAGCCAGGCAGCCAUCAUUUGCAGGUCCAACUUUAAGCACAUGUACUGGACGAUGCUACAGCAGCUCACGCACCACUCUGUCAAUGGCUGCAACCUGCGCCCGGGGGACCUGGUGGCUUCCGGAACCAUCAGCGGCCCGGAGCCCGAGAGCUUCGGCUCCCUGCUGGAGCUGUCCUGGAGGGGCACAAAGCCCAUUGAGCUGGGCCAAGGGCAGACCAGGACAUUCCUGCUGGACGGCGACGAAGUCACCCUGACAGGAUAUUGCCAAGGGGACGGCUACCGUGUCGGCUUUGGCCAGUGUUCUGGAAGAGUGCUUCCUGCCCUCCUGCCCGCAUGAGCGGCUCCAGCCCCCUGGGUGACAGGGACCUCCCGCAACAGUAAAUAAAGCCGUGGUGCAGUGUCCCCACGCCCGAGGCCCACA